AUGGGAAAGCGACUUCAAAGUGCUGUUCUGCAGCCCGACCGAGUGGAGAAGCGCUUGCGACGAACCAAGCCGAUCUGCUCUUGCAGCUCUCCUCGUCCACCUUUUCUCACUGCUCACUCCUCUUUCUCCUGGUUCGAAGAAGACGUAUGGUCGGAGAUCGCGAAGUUUAUGGACGGAAGGUCUUUGGUGAUGCUCGCCUUAACGAGCAAAUGGUUCCACCGUAUGAUCAUGGAAGAUAGCAUAUGGAAGUUCGUUUGCCUGCGUGAUCUUCAGGUCCAGGCUCCUGACCACGUGGCAUUCAAGUGGUUCAAAAUUUACACUUCAUCCUUUGAUGGAAGUCACUCUUACACGUUCCGCCAGCAGGGGAAGCAUAUUGAUUGGAUGCGUAUUGGUGCUUUUUUUCUCGAAUCUUCAGUGGCACUGCUCACGGACAGGCUCAAUUUGCCAGCCAAAAUCCCAAAAGAUGAUACUACAGAGAGGAUGUUGCAGUCUUAUGACUGUUGUUUGUUAGACAAUGUGAAAUCCGGGAUCUGGAUUGCUGAUCUCCAGCUUGUCCGAUGCCCUGUCUGUGACCUCAAUACAUGCGAUGGAACAAUGCAGACAUUAGAUGCAAGGCAUAUAGAGCUGUUCCUCUGCGAAGGGUUUCAAAAUGGAAGCUGGGAAUAUGAGCUUAUUGGAUCUCAUGAUGUCAAAGAGCGAGUAGAUGGAGCUUCUGGAGCCAUUUUUGACGUCAAACACCUCGAGAACCGCACAUCCCGAGCGGUCUUUGAUCUCAAGUCAUGGGCUGGAAAACCCAAUGAUUGGCAGCCGAAGGCUACGAUCACCCUCCAUGCAGUUGCAGUCAACACCAAUUUACAAGAAAACGAAGGACUUCACAUCAAAUACCACGCCAUGAGAGCAGGAGCGGAUGGACAAGUCGUUUCUAUUAGAAUCUCUCAGCAGCUCCUGUAA